UUAGUAUUGGCUUCGUUCUCAUCUCCUAAACCAAUUUUUCCAAUAUAAAAUCCUCUGUUUUCCUCUGCUUUUCAUAUCUUAACAAAUCUCAAACAAAGAGAAAAAAAGAGAGAAAAGGAAAGCAGAGAUGUCGAGUUACGUUGGGUCACUUGAUCAGGGAACCACCAGUACGAGGUUCAUAAUCUACGACAAACUCGCUCGCCCUGUCGGAUCUCACCAGGUCGAGUUCACUCAGUAUUAUCCUCAUGCCGGAUGGGUCGAGCACGAUCCAAUGGAGAUUUUGGAGAGUGCGAGAGUUUGUAUUGCGAAAGCUGUGGACAAGGCCAAGGAGGAUGGUCACGACGUUAGCAAUGGUCUCAAGGCAAUUGGGUUGACCAACCAGAGGGAGACCACUCUCGUUUGGAGCAAAUCCACAGGUGCUCCUCUCCACCAUGCCAUUGUUUGGAUGGACGUCCGUACAAGCUCCAUUUGCAGAAAAUUGGAAAAUGAAUUGUCUGGUGGAAGGACUCAUUUCGUUGAAACAUGUGGUUUGCCCAUAAGCACAUAUUUCAGUGCUGUGAAGUUGCUUUGGUUGAUUGAAAAUGUUGAGUCUGUUAAGAAAGCUGUGGAGAAUGGAGACGCUCUCUUUGGAACCAUAGAUUCAUGGCUUAUCUGGAAUUUGACUGGUGGAGUCAAUGGAGGUGUACACGUGACCGAUGUCUCAAAUGCUUCUAGGACCAUGCUCAUGAACCUCAAAACUCUCCAAUGGGACAAGCCCACAUUGGAAACUCUGGGAAUCCCAGCUGGGAUUUUGCCUAAGAUUGUUAGUAACUCCGAGGUCAUUGGCAACAUCGCAGACAACUGGGGUAUCACUGGUGUCCCAAUAUCAGGAUGUUUGGGUGACCAACAUGCUGCCAUGUUGGGUCAAGCUUGUAGAAAAGGAGAAGCUAAAAGUACUUAUGGAACUGGUGCUUUCAUUCUUCUCAACACUGGUGAAGAGGUAAUCCACUCAAAGAAUGGCCUUUUGAGCACUUUGGCAUACAAGCUAGGCCCUAACUCUACAGCUAAUUAUGCUCUUGAGGGCUCCAUUGCGAUCGCUGGAGCUGCAGUUCAGUGGCUGAGAGAUAGCCUUGGAGUUAUUAGUAGUGCUAGUGAGAUUGAGGCUUUGGCGUCAAAUGUUGAGUCCACUGGAGGUGUCUACUUUGUGCCAGCUUUUAAUGGGUUGUUUGCUCCAUGGUGGAGAGACGACGCUCGCGGGGUUUGCAUUGGAAUUACAAGGUUUACCACCAAGGCUCACAUUGCUAGAGCCGUGCUUGAGAGUAUGUGCUUUCAAGUGAGAGAUGUAUUGCAGUCAAUGCAUAAGGAUGCUGGGGAAAAGGGCGAGACCAAGAAUGAGAAAGGAGAGUUUCUGCUUAGAGUUGAUGGAGGUGCUGCUGUUAACAAUCUUCUGAUGCAGAUUCAGGCUGACUUGUUGGGGAGCCCUGUAGUGAGACCCGCUGACAUAGAGACCACAGCACUGGGUGCAGCCUAUGCAGCUGGAUUAGCUGUUGGGGUUUGGAGUGAAGAGGAAAUCUUUGGUUCCGGAGAAAAGUCCAAGACUGACACCACUUUCAAUCCCAAAUUAGACGGAGAAAUCAGGAAGAAGAAGGUGGAGUCUUGGUGUAAAGCUGUUACAAGGACCUUUGACUUGGCUGAUCUCUCUCUUUAAAACCUUUUUCUGUUUAUUGAUUCUCUGUUGUUUUAUAACUUCUAUGCUAUUCUUGGUUACAAGUGCUCUUAAUGAUAGACACACACAUUGACUUGUACCUUUGAUUUAUAAAUAUUAAAUAAAUGCCCUUUUCAUGCUA